AUGCUUUUUAGAUACGAGGCAGAAGGUCGUUAUCGUAAGCAAAUCGAAGCGCGUAAAGUGUGGGAAGCAAUCGUGACGUCGCAAAUCGAGACUGGUGUUCCUUAUAUGGUCUAUAAAGAUGCGUGCAAUCGUAAGUCGAAUCAAAAGAAUUUGGGCACCAUCAAAUGCUCCAAUCUGUGCACUGAAAUCGUCGAAUACUCGUCUCCAACCGAAGUGGCCGUUUGUAAUUUGGCGUCGAUUGCGUUGAAUCGCUUCGUGACAUCCGAAAAGAAGUUCGAUUUCGCCAAACUUCAUCACGUCACAAAAGUGAUCACGAGAAAUUUGAACCGUGUCAUUGACGUUAACUACUAUCCGAUACCUGAAGCCGAAGUGUCGAACAUGCGUCACCGACCGAUCGGUAUUGGUGUACAAGGACUGGCUGAUGCGUUCAUAUAUCCAUUCACGAGCGCACCAGCGAGAGAUCUGAACAAACGCAUCUUCGAAACAAUUUAUCACGCCGCACUCGAGUCAUCUUGUGAAUUGGCCGAAAAGUAUGGACCUUAUGAGACAUACGAAGGAAGUCCGAUUAGCAAAGGGAUUCUACAACACGAUAUGUGGGGCGUAACGCCGACGGAUCAGUGCGACUGGGAUUCACUUCGAGCGAAAAUCGCGAAAUUCGGUGUUCGUAACAGUCUCCUGCUGGCACCAAUGCCUACCGCAUCAACCGCCCAAAUAUUGGGCAAUAACGAAGGCUUCGAACCGUAUACGACUAAUAUCUAUACGCGAAACGUGCUCUCCGGAAACUUCCAAGUAAGCAAAUGA